CUGUGACCCGCCUGGCGGUGGCGCGGGCGGAGGGCGGCCGGCCUCCCGGACAUUGCGACGGCCGACGGGGGCUCCGCGGGCGCGCGGGGAGGACGCGGCUGGGCGGCGACCCCGGCGCGGAGCCCGAGUUCGCGGGGAAGGGGGCAGCCGGCCGGCUGCAGCGGGGCCGGGGGCGCUCAUGGCGGGCGGGGGAGCCGGGGACCCGGUCCUGAGGACGGCGGCGGCCGCCGCGCCCGAGACCCGCGAGCACCUCUUCAAGGUGCUGGUCAUCGGCGAGCUCGGCGUGGGCAAGACUAGCAUCAUCAAGCGCUACGUCCACCAGCUCUUCUCCCAGCACUACCGGGCCACCAUCGGGGUCGACUUCGCUCUCAAGGUCCUCAACUGGGACAGCCGGACGCUGGUGCGCCUGCAGCUCUGGGACAUCGCGGGGCAGGAGCGGUUUGGCAACAUGACCCGAGUAUACUACAAAGAAGCUGUUGGUGCUUUCGUAGUCUUUGAUAUAUCAAGAGGUUCCACGUUUGAGGCCGUCUUAAAAUGGAAGAGUGAUCUGGACAGUAAAGUCCAUCUUCCAAAUGGCAGUCCUAUUCCUGCUCUACUUUUAGCUAAUAAAUGUGACCAGAAAAAGGACGGUGGUCAGAGCCCUCCCCAGUUGGACCAGUUCUGCAAAGAACAUGGUUUCAUUGGAUGGUUUGAAACCUCGGCAAAGGAUAAUAUAAACAUAGAUGAAGCCGCCCGGUUCCUAGUGGAGAAUAUUCUCGCAAACCACCAAAGCUUUCCUAGUGAAGAAAACGACCAGGACAAAAUUAAACUGGAUCAGGAGACCUUGAGAGCAGAGAGCAAGUCCCAAUGUUGCUGACAUGGCUUCCGGCCUUGCACCUUCCAGCACCUUCUGCACCUUCCAGCGUGCAGCUUGACUGGGCUGGAGCCAAUCCCGAGAAUGGAUAAGGUGGCGGCUGUGCUGCUCUGUGGAUCUUCCCAGGGCUGCACGUAAAACGAAUGCACCGGUUUUCCUUCAGGUUGUUGAGAUGUUUCUCCUUGUACAGAACAACUGCGAUGGCACCCCGGGAGCCCACGCUGACAUGGGGCGUGUGGUCAAGUGGCUCUGCCGGCGACCCCACACCUUAACGCAGGAACACUUAGGCCCCUAUGGAGGUUGCCAUGUAGUCAGGAUGAUGUUUACGUCUUCUUUAACCUCUUUUUAAAAUGAUGCUCCCUCAGGAUUUGGUAAGACUUUCUAGUUGUGCCUUUUAGUGGAAGCUCUGUGUUGGUCAUGAAACCCGACCUGAGGUCUUCCUGUAAUAUUAUGGGCUUGUGUUUUCAUCUCCACGUCCCAUGCUCUCCAGGGAGGCUGUCGGCUCUGUUAGUCACAGAAAGCUGUUUUGCAGUUCUUUUUCUACUUAAAACUUUGAUACUUCCUGUAAAAUUGUUAUCGUCACAUCUUAUAAUAUCAUUAGUCCUCGCUAGCGUGGUGUGCCCUGGCUGACGACACAGGUGCACUGGCGUCCUUGACCUCACAGGCGCACUGGCGUCCUGGCUUCUGGUUGCUGCCAGUUGGAAACAAUAUAAAUGAACAUCCCUUCUCUCCUUUUACUUCCUUGUGUUUAUUUUUGUAUCUGAGAGCCUGGCCGUUGUUACUGCUGCAGUUCUAACUGGAGCUAGUCUUUUCAAAUCUCUGUUAGUUAUGGUAACAGAGAAGCUACAUCAAAGCAUAUACAAUUAAAUAUGAGAUUCUCUAAAUAUGAGUUGUGAAAGAAACUAGACCAUGUGUAGUUUUUAUGUAAAGUUUUGGACAUUUAAAAGUAUAACACAUGAGAAACUUAGGGCAGCCUCAUCCUAUUUGUAUUACCAUUUAACCCAGUUAAGGAAAAGAAUAAAUAUUUUCACUUAAACCCUUUUUUUAAAUUAAUGUGGUUCUAGAAAGGUAAAUGGAGUAUACUUUUCUGCCUCAGAAAACUCCAUGUCUGUUCACAUCUUCCUUUUGUUUUUAAGGGAUUGAUUCCUUCUGAAAGGUCCAACUUUUUUCUUUCAAAAAAGGAAUUUUAACAGUGUUUGUGACAUAAUCUAAAGCUAAUGCAGAUGAGGCAUUGACCAAAUUGUCUUAUACAUUAUUAUGAACACAGGAUAGGAAAGAUCCACGCAUUUAUUGACAGCAAGAAAUUAAAAAAAAAAAAAAAACUGGCAAGAAUUGCCUUUGCUCUGACAGGUGUAUUCUGGGAAUAAAUAGUUGACAUGGGCCAUAAAAUGUAGUUUGCUUUUCUCAUUAAGUCUAAGUUUUGCUUAGGAAUCACAAAGGUGUUUAUAUGCUCUGCAUUUAAGUCCAUAAGCUCUUUGAUAUUUUGGGACAGGUAUUCUAUAUAGGAUCAGAUUUUCUGAAGUUAAGGAAUACAAAGAAGACCCUUACUUAAAUAUUACUCAUCUUAAUAGUUAAUGUAGUCCAUGUUAAUUUUUUAAAAAGUAUUGCAUUAAAUCUUUCUAAGAAACCAAUGUGUCUAAGAUGUUUAAACCUAUACUCUAUACUCUAAAAUGUUUUCUCGUCUUGGUACCAAGUACAACUUCUUCAUCUUUCUUUAAUUCCAAAGUCAAAUAGUAUUAGCAGUAUGAAAAAGUUGGUGCCAAACCUAAAUGUUAGAAAUAUAAAGCUCAUUCUGAGUGGUGGCUGAAAGCGACAAGAAAAUUCUUGGAAUUUUCUUUUUUUACAUAUUGAUUUUCAUUUUUAUAAGCAGUUCAUGUUUAAAUGAGCAGCAGAUUCAAAAUCAGGAGUAUUGGACUUUGUCGGAUUUGUUAUCUUAGGAUAAUGAUAAGGAUUGAGCGUACCUUAUGUAACGAUUUCUGGAUAAACACUUAGGGUUCCUUAUGUCAAUGUGUGACAGUGUAUUCUGUUUAUCAUUUCUUACACUUUAGAAGUAAAGCUGAGGAUUUUGCCUUACUCCUAAAUUCUCACUGCAAUUUGUUUUUGUAACUUGAACAUAAAAUUUGAAUUUCGGGUAAGCUACAUAAAUGGCCAGAGGAGAGAAGAGAAUAUUUUGACUUACUAAUUCACUUUAAUUGCUCACUGAAAAUUCCUGAACCUCACUUCAGACUUAAAUAGUUUUCUAUUUAAAUAAUAAAAUGUUAUUGAGAUUGAAA